UCCUGCGCUGCUACGCCAUGGCCUCCGUGGAGUCGCGUCGGAGUCCUGCCAGCUCUCGGCAGGAGCCGGAGGGGCGCUCCCGAUGCCAGGACAAGUACUCGGUGCUCUUACCCACCUACAACGAGCGCGAGAACCUGCCGCUCAUCGUGUGGCUGCUGGUGAAGAGCUUCUCCGAGAGUGGAAUCAACUAUGAAAUUAUAAUCAUAGAUGAUGGAAGUCCAGAUGGAACAAAGGAUGUUGCUGAACAGUUGGAAAAGAUCUAUGGAUCCGACAAAAUUCUUCUAAGACCACGGGAGAAAAAACUGGGAUUAGGAACUGCAUAUAUUCAUGGAAUGGAACAUGCCACAGGAAACUACAUAGUUAUUAUGGAUGCUGAUCUCUCACACCAUCCAAAAUUUAUUCCUGAAUUCAUUAGGAAGCAAAAAGAGGGUAAUUUUGAUAUUGUCUCUGGAACUCGCUACAAAGGAAAUGGUGGUGUAUAUGGCUGGGAUUUGAAAAGAAAAAUAAUCAGCCGUGGGGCCAAUUUUAUAACUCAGGUUUUGCUGAGACCAGGCGCAUCUGAUUUAACAGGAAGUUUCAGAUUAUACCGAAAGGAAGUUCUACAGAAAUUAAUAGAAAAAUGUGUUUCUAAGGGCUAUGUCUUCCAGAUGGAGAUGAUUGUUCGGGCAAGACAGAUGAAUUAUACUAUUGGUGAGGUUCCAAUAUCAUUUGUGGAUCGUGUUUAUGGUGAAUCCAAGUUGGGAGGAAAUGAAAUAGUCUCUUUCUUGAAAGGAUUGUUGACUCUUUUUGCUACUACAUAAAAGAAAGUUACUCAUUUAUGCUUACCAUGGUCAUUUCAAUGUAAACAUAAAAGAAGCCUGGUUACUGAUUUUUGUAAAACGUACUCUUAAAGCAUAAACCAUGAGGUAAGGAAAUUUUCAUGCAAAUCUUUUUUUCUGGAGAAACUCCCAUUUUAUAUUUCAUAUUAAAUAAUUAUAAAAGUUA